CCUGUUUCGCGCCAAAUUCCAUCGAAAAAGUAUUUUGUGUGUGGACGUUAUUUUAUCCGUUAAAUUGUGUUAUAUUUGUUAAGAAAAAUGGAGGGUUUCGACGAUCCAGGUGUAUUUUUUAGCGACAACUUUUCUGUCGACGACAACCAACAAGAUUCAUCUCAGAUUAACUUGCAAGCAAUUAAAAAGAAAUUCAAAGAGUUCAUACGUAUGUAUCAUACGGACAAUUUCGAUUAUAAAUACAGAGAUGCUUUAAAACGUAACUACAACUUGCAACAAUUCUACCUGGAAGUGAAUAUUGAAGAUGUAGCUAGUUUUGAUGAAACCCUUGGGGAUAAACUGUACAAAUUACCUUCUGAACAUCUACCAAUAUUUGAAGACGCAGCUAAAGAAGUAGCAGAUGAAUUAACUGCCCCAAGGCCUGAAGGUGAAGAACAUGUCGAAGAUAUACAAAUUAUGCUUUCGUCUGAUUCGAUGCCUGCCAAUUUAAGAGCAUUAAAGUCUGAUGUGGUGUCCAAGCUGGUUAAAAUCCCAGGUAUGAUCGUAAGUGCUUCUGGUAUAAGAGCUAAAGCCACAAAAAUCGCGAUCCAAUGUCGCUCGUGCAGUAAUUUGAUACCCAAUUUAACUGUUAGGCCUGGUUUGGAAGGGUAUAUAAUGCCCAGGAAAUGUAAUACUGAACAAGCUGGAAGGCCAAAAUGUCCUCUGGACCCAUAUUUUAUAGUCCCCGAUAAAUGCACUUGUGUGGAUUUCCAAGAAUUAAAGCUGCAAGAGCAUUCUGAUAGUGUGCCUCAGGGAGAGAUUCCCAGGCACAUGCUUUUGUUUUGUGACAGAUAUUUGUGUGAGAAGGUUGUUCCAGGGAAUAAAGUAUUUAUCUUGGGAAUUUUUGCCAUCAAAAAAGUUGGAAGACCCACCAAGCAAGAUGGAAGGGAAAAGGCGAUAACAGGUGUGAGGAUUCCUUACAUGAGAGUCGUAGGCAUACAAGUGGAUAGUGAAGGUGUUGGUGCAUCUGGUUGCUCCAUAAUAACUUCCGAGGAAGAAUCUGUGUUCAGAAGAAUGGCCGCCAGUCCUGAUAUCUAUGAAAAGAUGGCACACAGUAUAGCUCCAUCUAUUUAUGGGGUUGCAGACAUUAAGAAAGCAAUUGCCUGUCUGUUAUUUGGAGGUUCGAGAAAGAGACUGCCGGACGGGCUGACGCGAAGGGGCGACAUAAACGUGCUGCUGCUGGGCGACCCCGGCACGGCAAAGUCGCAGCUGCUGAAGUUCGUGGAGCGCGUGGCGCCCAUUUCGGUGUACACGUCGGGCAAGGGCAGCUCGGCCGCCGGCCUGACGGCCUCGGUGCGGCGCGACAGCAGCCGCAACUUCGUGAUGGAGGGCGGCGCGAUGGUGCUGGCCGACGGCGGCGUCGUCUGCAUCGACGAGUUCGACAAGAUGCGCGAGGACGACCGCGUGGCCAUCCACGAGGCGAUGGAGCAGCAGACGAUCUCGAUCGCGAAGGCCGGCAUCACGACCACCCUGAACUCGCGCUGCUCGGUGCUGGCGGCGGCCAACAGCGUCUUCGGCCGCUGGGACGAGACCAAGGGUGAUGAAAAUAUUGAUUUUCUACCAACAAUUUUGUCCCGUUUUGAUAUGAUUUUCAUUGUUAAAGAUGAACAUGAUAAAGCCAGAGAUAUAACCCUUGCCAAACAUAUUAUGGGUGUGCACAUGAAUGCCGGUCAAAUAACCCAGGAAGCCAAAGAAGGCGAAUUUUCUUUGGAUUUAAUAAAAAAAUACAUCCAUUACUGCCGCACCCGGUGCGGUCCGCGAUUGAACAACGAGGCGGCCGAGAAGCUGAAGCGGCGCUACGUGCUGAUGCGCUCGGGCGCCAACCAGCACGAGAAGGACGUCGACCGCAAGAACUCGAUCCCGAUCACGGUGCGGCAGCUGGAGGCGGUCAUAAGAAUGUCGGAGAGCCUGGCCAAGAUGCGUCUCCUGCCUUACGCCACGUCCACGCACGUGGACGAGGCGCUGCGGCUGUUCCAGGUGUCCACGCUGGACGCGGCCAUGAGCGGCACGCUGGCCGGGGCGGAGGGCUUCACCACCGAGGAGGAGCACGAGAUGAUUUUGCGCAUUGAGAAGCAGCUGAAGCGGCGGUUCGCGAUCGGCACGCAGGUGUCGCAGCAGAGCAUCAUCUCCGAUUUUACGCAGCAGCAGUACCAGGAGAGGGCCAUCGUCAAGGUUAUCCAGACCAUGAUUCGCAGAGGGCAGCUGCAGCACAGGAUGAACCGCAGAAUGCUCUACCGCCUCAGUUAACAUUUUUUUUUGGUUAAAAUUUUAUUGUGCCGCAUUUUAAUACAUUACAUCUUAUAUCAAUUAUCUAAUGUUUUGUUUAUCGAAUUAAAUGAGUUUUGUACUGACUGC